GAGUUACAUAACAUUUGAAUUAGCCUAAACGUUGAUGGUUCAUGCCCUACAAUCUCAUCACAAAUAGGAAUUGUAAGCAAUUCAUCGACUCAGAAACAAUAUGGUUACACGUUGCUGUAUUUUGUGGAUUGUUCGAUGAACAAAUCAGAGAAGAAAUCGAGGGAACAGCGCAAUGAAUUCUGGGAUUUCACUAUAAAAAGUGACCUGGUUCUGGUGGUGGAGCACAGCGAACUUCACGUACAUCGAGAUGUUCUGUGUUGCCAUUCGCCUGUUUUCAAAGUCAUGUUGGAAUCGGACUUCAAAGAGAAGAGAAUGGAGAAAAUACCCCUUCCUGGGAAAACUGUCCAACAAGUGCUGGAAAUGCUGAAUUUUAUAUAUCCAUUUGGACAUGAAGUCAACGAUUCGACAGACGUGUUCAAUUUGCUGGACCUGAGUCGCGAAUACCAAAUCGAAAAACUGAAAGAGCAAUGUGAGGCGUAUUUGAAGCGUAAGCCUGCGACAUUGGAACUCUUGAUCACAGCCCAGGAGUACCGACUUGAUUCACUAAAGGAAAGAUGCCUACGGUUUUUAUCAUCGAGAGCUUUGUCAUCGGUGCAAGAAAAUCCAAAAUUUGACCUUCUGUCAGAGGAGAACAAAAUCCGAGUCAUGCAAGAUCAGCUGCAGAAUUUGCAGCUUUACUGCAAAAAGGUAUGGCGCAUUGCAUCCGCUGCAGAUCCAAGGUACAUACCAAUGAUAUUGCCAACAUGCAAUCACAGACCAAAAGGAUGCAACAAUCCACAUUACUUCUGCAAUAACUGCAAAGCAUCUGUUUUACGGAACUUUGUGCGAAAUGAAAGUUGGCGAAUGGGACUUGACACCAAACUGCCAUGA